AUGGAUUAUCGUGGUUUUGAAGCAAGACUGAAAGAUUUGAGAGUAGCAGAAAUGGCUGCACUGCGUCGGGGUGAUAUGGCAGCAGCCAAAAGGGUGAGUCUGGUGUACAUAUUAUAAAUUUUUAUUCUACCCAGUAAUUUUUCUUUCAUACUAUUUUGACAGAUAAAAUUAUGAUAACUUUCAUUAUGUGUACAGCAGAAGAGGGAGAGCGGGAGAGGAAAUUUUUCAUUUUUUUUUUUCAUACCCCCUACUCCUCACACAGCAUUUCUUGACACGUACAUACCCCCUCUAUACCUAAAGAAAAAAAAUACAGCCCAGUACUUGAUUAGGAAAUAAAUUGGUAAUGCAACCACUAAUAAUAUUAUUGUGUAGAGAUGCAUAACCCAUACCCAGUAAUUUUUCUUUCAUACUAUUUACACAGAUAAAAUCUGAUAAAUUGCAUUAUGUGUACAGCGGAAGAGGGAGAGCGGGAGAGGAAAUUUUUCUCUUUUUUUAAUUUUUUUAUACCCCCCACUCCUCACACAGCAUUUCUUGACACGUACAUACCCCCUCUAUACCUAAAGAAAAAAAAUACAGCCCAGUACUUGAUUAGGAAAUAAACUGGUAAUGCAACCACUAAUUGUGUAGAGAUGCAUAACACAGAACAAACGUAUUUGAGAAUACCAGUGCCCAUAACACAAACGGCCUCUAUAUAUUUUCUGGGCUGAUUAUCUUUAUGAUAUCAGACUUCAAGGUUGUUUGAUUAGAGAGCAAAAUCAACUUGUGCAACUGGUACAGUUAAGGAAGUGACCAUAAAUCCAGCCGUUGGGGGGAGGGGGGGGGGAGGAAGAGGAGAGUGACCAUGAAUCCAGUGGAACCUAUAUGGGGAGGUUCCGCUUGAGACAGGUACUUAUUUUCAGGCUUCAAGCAUUUGAAAGGGUAUGGGUUUCACCAUAGCUUUAUCCUCUCUUGGUUUCACUAGUUGAAGUAUAUGAAGGGGUAGGCAAAUCGGUCAUUUCGGUCUGUAAAAUGACCUAAGAGGACUACCAGGUUCCUUUCAUGGCUGUCAAAAAGACAUUUAAACUUUCUGGUUUAAUGAUUUAUUCGUUAUAUAAAAGACCAUGUAUUUACAUGGCGGCAGACUCCGUUUAGGAUUUUGCGCAAUCUAAAGAGACUCUUUAUAAUUAUUAACUGCUUUCUGUUUGUUCCUACAUUUAUAUGCUUGUUGUUGUUUUUUUAUUUAUUUAUUUUUUUAUUAUUACAAGCCAUUCAAUACAAAAAGGGGGUAUAUACAGAAACUUAAAUGUAACACGGGUGAAAUAAAUGUACUAAAAGGUCAUCUCUCUUUUAAUUGCUCUGUAACAGAAUAUAUAGAAAAACUUUAAGUUGACUCCUCCUUAUAAGUGCUUAUAGGUAUAGACACUUCCGUUUUAAGAAGAACAAUAUGUCACGACUGAGGUAUUAGAUUUUAACUUGCUUUCACUCUGUUUUUAGCGCAGGGAAAAACAGUUUACCUUAAGACAUAAGUGGACAGCGCUUCAAGCCGAUUUCGUUAGCCACCUUCAAAACGAAGACGAAGAGUCUGGUGGACUAGGCGAGGAAGAAGAUUACAGUGAAAUGGACGAGACUGGUGGAAGUGGUAGUAACAGCAGCAAGAGCUUGCCUGAAAAAGAGAAAGGUGAUGCGAAUGAAGCAUUUACCGGCAAAAAGGUUAAGAACGAAGGAAAGCGUGAAAAGCCAGAGCCGUGCCCAGUACCAAAUUGUAACGACGAAGAGUUUGGUGAACUAGGCGAGGAAGAAGAUUACAGUGAUACGGACGAGUCUUCUGAAACUGGUUCUGACGGCAACAAGAGCUGGCCUGUAAAAGAGGAAAGUGAUGCAAAUGAAGAAUGUAACGAAAAAAACGUUAAGAACGAAGGAAAGCGUGAGAAGCCAGAGCCGUGCCCAGUACCAAAUUGCAACGCCAAUGUUGUUCACCUCCCAAAGCACCUCCGCAACGUCCACAAGUGGCAUGCAGAAUAUGCUAGAACGACACUAUCAAGAUUCAAGCUCCGCAAGAAGUAUGAAUUUGCCAGUCAAGAAGCAGCUUCUGCUGGAAAUCGUAGCCGUAAAAAAAGUGAGGAAAAGAAAACCAAGCCGAAGCCCAAUCGAAAGAGAAAAAUAUGUCCUUUACCUGGGUGUAUGGUAAUUACAGAGAGAUUGCCUCAACACCUUCAAAGAACACAUAAACUAAAAAGAGAAGAUCCGAAGUAUAAAAGGUAUCUUUCCCUCGCAAAGGUUGUUUCUACGGACAAACCUCAUGUUUUUAUGCGUAUGAAAGAAGAAAUGGGGCGGAUGCAAAGGCUCACUCCAGAGUUCGUAGUGAGAGGUGAAGAGCUCGAAGAUACUUGCGACAAUUCAGAAGACGGGUUCCUCUUUAAUGUCCAAAGUUAUGACUGUGAUGAGAAACAAGACGUUGUUGACUUAUCGCCACCAGAAAACGAGUUGGCAGAGAUGACAGAGAGCACAGAUAUGGCAAGAUCCGUAGCCAGAAACAACUCAGAGACUGAAACCAAAGUCCUGAACCAAUUUUGUAACUGGAUGUUGUCUCCUGAUGGGGAACAAAAGGACCAAAAAACCGCAACGCAGCAUGUCGCUCAAGUGAAAAGAAUUAUCUCAACAUUGGGUAAGGGACUUGAAUGUUUACUCGACAAGAAAGAGAUCAGAGAUGUUUUUCUACCCAAUGCAAAGGAAAAAUACCAUCCUGCUACUAUUAAGUCGUAUUUGACUAGUCUUCAACACUUCUGUUCCUUUUUAUUGGAAGACAACCCAAGUGACGUCAACUUUGAGAAAGAUAACAUCAUUAUCCUGCGUGACAAGCUAAAGAAAUGGUCAGCGUCGUACAAACGGGAUACCACAAAACGUAGAUGGGAGAGACAGGAGGAGGAUGUGAGUGCCUUGAUAACUCCAGAAACGGUGAAGGCAUUCGAGACGAGCCAGGCUACACGAGAUGCCGUUGUUAUUCUAGGAAAACUGUCUGGAAAACACAAUAUGGAAAUUACACAGGCUAGGUACACACUUGUUAGAGACUACCUCAUAGCUCAGAUUAUGAUCGACAAUGCAAACAGGUCAGGGGUAGUUGCUUCUAUGACUGUGCAGGAAUUUCGGCGUGCUAAGAUGGAAGAUGACCGAUAUGUUGUGAAAGUUCUUGAGCAUAAAACAGUAGAUACUCACGGCCCCGCUCAAGUAGUCCUGACGGUGCAUUUAUACAACUGCCUUGAUAUUUUUCUGAAGGAAAUGCGCUCCAAGCUUCCUGGUGCGCAAAUGGAAGGAAAGCAGCCAUUGUUCCUUUCAUGGGCGGGGAACAAAUUACAGUCAAGCCAGAUCACCUCUGCGAUUGGAUCUAUAUUUAAGAAAGCUGGAGUGGAGGGUCGAGUACACCAUACAUUGUAUCGCAAAAGCGCCGUUACGCGAUGUCAUGAUAAGCACAAAGAAAUCAGUAGCAACUUGGCGGAUCUAAUGGCACAUCGUGAAUCAACUGCUGAGAAGUACUACAGGCACACUGAGAAGACGAAGUCUUCCGUGAAGGCCUCCCAAAGGCUUCAUGCGACUAUGAGAGGAUAUUCUCCUACAAAAAAAGAAAACGAAACGGUUGAGAAAUGUCGUGAAGAUAUUCAAGAGGAGAGUGCACCCCUAUCUCGGUCUCCAUGGAAGGAGAAUUCACUCCAAGCUUUGCGAGAAAUAUUUGAAGAAGAAAUAUCUACACAGGAAAUUACUUUAGCCUGCGUACGAGAAAAAAUUGAGAGCCAUCCAGUGCUAGGCCAGGAAGACCCGAAGAGAGUGUACGAUAGGAUUCGUGCAGAAUGGCGUUAUAAAGCCAACAUUGAUGAUAACAGCAAUGAAGACGACGCAAAGUUGCCAGAAGAGAAGGAAGAUAUGCAAGAACGAGUAAAUAGAUUGUUUAACCAAUCAGAGGAGGAACUUCCUGAGAGAAGGAGUCUUUCAUCAGACUUCGUUUCUGUGACCGAGUCUACUGUCCGCUCGAAGGGAAUAUUUACCACUGGAGAUGCCAAAGCUUUGGUGGAUAUAUUUCAAGAUAUGGUAGUCCAUGGAAAGCCAAUUUCGAAACCUGUCAUCAUUAAACGACUAUCUUCACAUGAGACAUUUAAAAGAUUACAUGUAGAUCAAGUUGUCAACAGGUUGAAAUAUGAACGGAAGCAAUGGAGGAAACUACACCCGUCUGAAUAA